UCUCAGCACCAGAAUGGAAUCAAGUGGGAGAACAGAAAAAUUUCAGAUGCCUGGGACCAUUUCGAACAGCUUGCGGAUGAAACGACUGGCGAGCCAAAGGUCAUUUGUAAACAUUGUUCCAAACUGCUUACCCAUCCCAAUGUCAAGCGCUCUGGAACCUCGACGCUGAGCAGACAUCUGAAAGCGGAUAGCUGUUGCAAAGACCAGAUGACACAAGACUUGCCGCAAAAGCCAACCAACGAGGUCUUCAACCAGAGCCUUUGGGAGGAAUUGCUUUUGAAUCUCAUCACUGCGACCGGUGUCUCAUUCAGCAUGGUCGAAAGCGAGAGUUUCAAGGAACUUAUUCAGUGUCUCCGGCCAGAUGGACCGGAGCUGGACAUCCCUUCGGCAGAGAUGCUACGGCGCCUUAUCGAUGUUAAAAUCCAAGAGCGACAACAAUCCAUCCUCGCUCAACUUCCUGAAGGAAAGCGCCUCUCCAUUGCGCUUGACUGCUGGACGUCUCCGCAUUCUCAGAAGUUCAUGGCAAUUACGGGCUAUUUCAUCGACAACGACUGGAACUAUCAUGAAGUUUCCCUUGGGUUUGAGCCCCUGAUUGACUGGUAUACUGGUGAUCCAUUAAGUGAGACCAAAUUAAGUGAGAUCGCUAUUCAAAUCCUGACGGAGCAUGGAAUCGCCGACCGUGUACUAUCAAUCACCACUAAUAAUGCAUCGAACGACAAUGCCUUGAUGGCAGGCGUUCAAGACGCAAUGCUGUCGCAAGGUCUUCGUGAUGCUUCUAUCUUCCGCGUUCCUUACAUCGUUGAUGUGAUCGAGCUUUCUCUAAAUGAACUGCUUGGGGAGUUAAAGGCAGUCCCGGAGAAUGAAGCGGUGGAGAGGGAGUGGUCCGAUGAGCGUACCCAGUCACUACUGCUCAGGUGCUCUACAAGAAAGCAUCGGAUCACUGAUACUUUAGACAAAGUUCGAGGCCUCGCUAUCUUUGUCAAUAGCUGCGGGCACUGCAUGGAAGAGUUCAUUGCGCUUCAACCCAAUGGGCGAAAGCUCCUCCCGAUCCAAGAUGUUCGCUCGCGCAAGAAUUCCACAUUCUUGAUGCUCAAUCGUGCUAGGAACCUACGGCCAAUCUUUGAUCAGUACUGCAGAACACACCCGCAGUUUGAGCUUGGCCAAGAGGAGUGGCGCCAGGUUGAUUAUCUUCUUUCACUCACCAAGCGGUUCUUUGAAAUUAGCAAUAUUUUGUCAAAGACUAGAGAUGUGUUAGUUCCACAUGUCUUGAGUAUCUACAAUGUGCUCUUCCGGCAUCUUGAUGAUGCUGAAAUCAAGCUGAAACGAAAGGCGGUUCCCUGGAAAAAGAGAAUGCUCCGGGCACUUGGUGCAGCGAGGAACAAGCUGGAGAAGUACUACGUCGCAGCGGAUACGGAGUCAUAUGGCACCCUUUAUGGCAUUGCGACUAUCCUCUGUCCGUCAAAGAAGCUCGAAUACUUUGACGAUCCGAAUUGGAGAGGGGGAGGGAUUGACCGGAAGAAGCAUUUCCGCAACAUGCUCCAAGAGGAGUAUACGCGGUAUCAGCAACUUUUCCCAGAGAUAGAAACCGGCAAAGGACUGUCACCGCUAGAUCUGCUGCUGUAUAAUGACCGCAUGCGCACAACAGUUGAUUUUGAACCGGUCUUUGAAAUCAGGGAGUAUCUCAACGGGGGUCUAAACCUAGGAAAUCCUCGGGUCUUUUGGAAAGAGUCGGAAAAACAUUACCCAAUCCUCGCACAGAUGGCGCGGAAUACUCUCCCAAUUCCAGCUAGCGGUGCUGGUGUCGAGCGUCUCUUGAAUUGUGCUCGUCAUAUUUGCCACUACAGACGGGAGAGAAAAGGACCAAGGAAAAUUAAACGCCUCAUGCUCUAUAUGUUCUCAUCAAAGUUUGAGCUUGACGAAGGCCAUUUCAAUAUGCUCGAGGAGUAUAUCUCUGACGGAGAGGCUGCUAUGAUUGAUCAAUUGAGGAAUCCCUUACCUGAAAUUGACGACCUUGAUCCAAUCAGUGAUGAUGAAGAGGCUGGCUGGCAGGAAGAGGAUGCGGCGAGUGAUUCACAGGAUGAUCAGGAGACGAAGAGGAAGCUCAGGGCAACCCAGCACGGCAAGAUAGGCCUCAAAAGAGAAGGUGUGGUAGUCUAG